AUGGACGCAUUCACGACUCAGUCCAUCCACAGUGACGAUUUUUUUGAUACCUACGUGAACCCUCAUUCGUUGGACCAAAUCUUAGGUGACAUGUGUACGUCGAUGCCUAGCAUCGGAUCAUUGCCCACCAUGCAGCCGGUCACCACGCACCGCUGCCGCGCAGGCAGUACGACCACCCCAUUCUGCAGUCGAGCGGCGGCGAGUCAUGGAAGACUCUUGACGAGUUCGACCAUCCGCGCGAGCGUCGGCGGGCAGAAGCCACAGGCAGCCACCCAUCCGAACACGCGCAGGAUUCAGCCGCCCCGGCGGCCGAUGCGCAGUUGUCAUCUCAGCCUGCAGGCGUUCUGCUGCUCCAUGGCCAGCCGCUUCGAGCGGCGGCGAGUCAUGGAAGACUCUUGA